UCUCCUAAGGAAAGCUCUUUCACAAUCAGUUUAUCUGUUGGUCAAACAGAGCAAGAAUUUAGAGAAGGAUAGGUUGACAAUUGCGUUUUUCGCACUCUCUGGUCUGGAUAUGUUGGAUUCCUUGGAUGUGGUGAACAAAAAUGAUAUAAUAGAAUGGAUUUAUUCCCUGCAGGUCCUUCCCACAGAAGACAGCUCAAAUUUGAAUCGCUGUGGAUUCAGAGGCUCUUCAUAUUUAGGGAUGCCAUUCAAUCCAUCCAAGGGUCCUGGUAUGUCUCAUCCCUAUGAUAGUGGGCACAUAGCAAUGACUUACACGGGUCUUUCGUGUCUGGUUAUUCUUGGAGAUGAUUUAAGUCGAGUAAAUAAAGAUGCCUUACUGGCAGGACUGAGAGCUCUCCAGCUGGAGGAUGGAAGUUUCUGUGCUGUGCUGGAAGGAAGUGAGAAUGAUAUGAGGUUUGUGUACUGUGCUUCCUGCAUCUGCUACAUGCUCGAUAACUGGUCGGGCAUGGAUACAAAAAAAGCAGUAGACUACAUUAGAAGAAGUAUGUCUUAUGAUAAUGGCCUGGCACAAGGAGCUGGUCUGGAAUCUCAUG